AGGUGAGUAACGAGUCUCAUCGCGAUCAUUGCCGCCUGAGAGGGAUUUUUUGGGUGGUUUUUUAGUGGCCCGCCAGUAUCACUCCUAUCAGUCUUGAGAUAACUUGCAAAAAGAACAGUUGAAUUUCGCCCCGAGGACCGCCACGAAAACCCCAAAGUCAACCGAAAAUGUUUAAGCAACACCUCGAAAUGAUCGGAAGCUACGAGCCCAUCAGCAAGAAGGCUCGCUUCUUCAACACCUACCUGAAGACCCUGAAGGGCUCCCAGGACAUCGUCGCCAAGGAGAAGCGCAACUACAGCUCGUCGAUCGAGUGCAGCAGCAUUUACUCCGACUCCAAGUUCGCCGUCGAGCGCAUCCACUCGCCCGGCUACCACUACAACCCGGUCAGCAAGGAUACCUACGGUGUCACCCCGAGGAUGAUCAACACACGCGACUACGCCACCAGACGCUAAGUCCUUUCCUUAAGUGCGUGAAGCACGUGGCAUUGCCCAGGUCCAGUGUUAGGCUUAAGCGAACUACAACUACAACAACAUCACCAGGAUAAACGUGACACACUAAACAAAAACAACAUCGACAACAACAACAACAACAACAACACACGUCAGAAACAUUUUGAGAUUCGAAAACGAAACUUUCGAAUGACUUUAUUUGGCGACCUCCCUCACAAUUGAUUGAUCAACAACAACAACGAAAGGCAGACAUAAAACUGCACGACCAAAUUCUAGGACAUUCAAAAGCGGUUUUAUCUCUCUUUUUACGCAAGAUUUCAAACGACCAUGCAAACAUUCGACUCUAGCGAACAAGUUCAAUCAAUCGAUCAACUGUUCUGAAAACAACAAUGAAGCAAAACAAAGAAAGACUCGAUGCGGAUUGCAGGAAAAACAACAUCAGUUUCCAACAACAUCAAAUGUCAAAAUGAAUCUAAGAAGAGAAGAACACAAAUCAACAACCGAAAAACAAAAUGAACUAUGACAGCAAAAAGUGAAAGCAAAAGUGGUAGCUCCUCUCCAAGAACGAAACAUCAACAACAACAACAACUCAACAACAUCAGAAAAAUGAUUAUGGCGACAACAAGAACAACAUCAACAUCUAAUGAAUUCAAUGUAUAGAAGACAAAAUAUCUAACUGUAUAGUAACAACACUCAACAAUAUGUAAGAAGAAGAAGAUGCGCAGGAAAAACAUACUAACCCAAUAAGUUUAAGGUAGCACACAAACACAGAUUGAAAAAAAAAAACAAACGUGGAAAAUGUAAACAGAGUUUUAACACUACGAGAAAAAAAUUGCAAAAAAAAAUCCAAGAAUCUGAAGUGGAAGAUAUAUAAGAACCUCUAUUUUUCUUUUCAUUUAUUUUACGUGUACUAUAAUUGUUUUUAUUUGUAUAAUCAAGGCUGUAACUAUGACAACAACAAACAAAAACGAGUUAAAUAAAAAAAGACCAAAAAAAGGCAAAAAAAAACA